UUCCCCUAGCAACGGUGACAGUGGCUCGACCAAUGGGUGGCCCCGUUAUUGAUGCCGGGCCGCUAUGCGAUGGAGGUAGCACCGGCUCCUGGUCGUUAUGUCGGGGAUGUGAAGCAACAGCUGCGGGACGGGUUUGGUCUGUAUGUUUAUCCAAACAGCUUUUAUCAGUAUGAGGGAGAAUGGAAAAAUGGGAAAAAACAUGGUAUUGGGAAGUUUCUCAUGAAGGAUGGAAGUUACUAUGAAGGAGAGUUUGUGAAUGGAGAAAUAGAAGGGAAUGGUAUCCGGUACUGGGCUUCCUCAGGAAAUGAAUAUUGUGGACAGUUCUCACAGGGAGAGCUCAAUGGAUUUGGAGUGAUGAAGUACUUUGAUGGUGCUCGGUAUGAAGGAGAGUUUCAGUAUGGCAGCCGAACAGGACAUGGAGCGCUGAUAGAUAAAGAGGGCCAAGUGUACCGAGGCUCCUUUCACAACAAUAAGAAACAAGGAGAAGGAGAAAUGCACUAUAAGUAUGGGAGCCACUAUCAAGGAGAUUGGGUCCUGGACCAGCGACAGGGCCAUGGCAUUAUGCAGUAUGCUGAUGGUUCUCUUUAUGAGGGACAGUGGAGAAAUGACCUGUUUAAUGGACAAGGCUCCAUGAUUCAUUGCAGUGGAGUCAUUUAUGAUGGAAUAUGGAUUAAUGGUCGUCCUGCCGCUGAAGCCAGUAAGCUGGUGAUACUCGGUGAAGAAAUACGGGAGGUGAUGCAAGGCUGUCCUUUCACCAUUGAAGUUCAGCUCCAAAACAACAAAGGCGAGCUAGUGAAAGCUGAAAGUGGGCGAGUGUUGCAGAUCUGGGCAGGAGUCAAGCAUGUUAAGCUCUCCCCAAAUGUCAGUGACACAUUCCUGGACCUGGAGGAUCUAGAACAGUCCCUUUUUGAAACACCAUUUGGUUACAAUGCCAUCAAUUAUCCCCUGAUGGAAUAUGUGCCAGAACCUGACAAAGUGGUUAACAGCGCUGAAUCAAGUAGAUCUGGAAUUACCACAGACAGCUCUAUGAAUGAAACUAAACUGGAUUUUCUUCCAAUAACUCGAAGAACACAUGGCUCAUUGCAAGGGUUCCAGUUCUCUCCAGAAGUGGAGAAGGAAUCUUCUGCUCCACCCAAUCAAAGAACAGAAAAUGGUUACGCGGCAUUUUGUAAUAUUGCACUUGCUUUGCCGCCAGACAACUAUCGCCCUUUUAUGAUUUUGGAUGAAUUAGAAAAGAAAACAAGCAAGAGGUUGAGCAGCAGAACAACAGCCUCACGGGAGAGAGUAUCUGAGAGCAGAUCUGAAGCAAGUAUCAAAUUGAGUGGAAAAUCAAGGAAGAAGCAGAAUGCCACAGAUCCACAUAUUGUGAGACCAGGUGAUUAUAUUAUCAUGGUGAAGGACGUGACAACUCCACCUUUCCUGGAUCACACUCUCCCACCAGCUUUUAUUCUCCUGAAGGUGAAACCACACAAACCAAGCAAAAAGGGCAGCAGAAAGGAGCACCACAAAGUAUCCAACAAGUAACGAAAUUCCUGAAGAACAUUACAUCUGAUGAAGUUUGAGCCAUAGCCUUCAUGUAUUAUUUUUGCUUUACACCCCUUAGAUCUACCAUAGCCCCCUUCUUUAAUCUUUCCUUCCUCCACUCCCUCCUCCAUUGAUGCCAUCACUUGGGGUGAUAACUUGGAGCACGAUUUCAUGUCACACGUUCAUAGCCAGCAGAGAGUGGAGACUCUCAUUCCAUUAGUCUGGGUCAGAGUUGAGUCCAGUUCUGAGAAGUGAAAGGGAAUAUGCUAAACCACAGUAAACACCCAGUCCCAAAAUAGCCUGCUCUAUAAAUGAGAGCAACAAGUGCACAGAAAGAAAAGUCCCUGCUGAAGCGGAGGUGUCACUUCGGAGCAGUUUUGUACAGAAGCGAAUAGUUGUUUUUGUAUUCUGUUUACUUCAGUUCAUUAAGGUAUAAAUAUUUUUAAAAAUCUCUAUUUAAUAAACCAUGUGUUUGAAUGUUUUCACUUCCUUUAAAACUGUAAAGGGUCUAUAAGCUUCAGAUGCAGCUGGUGGGAGGAAAGUCUUUAUGUCUCAUUGAGAGGUUCAUAUUUGUGAAACAGAACAGGAUGGUCAGAUCUGAAGAAACAUAGGGCAGCAAAUAUUUUCGGAAAACAACGUAAACAACAUACCAAAGUG